GCUCAACCUCAAUGAAUAGUUGAACUAGAUGUAGUAGUGUUUGAGUUUCAUUGCCUGUGAGUACCAAGUACUUUUUACACAGGUUCUUCGUGAUUCCUAUGUAUACAUAGUACACACGUAGUACUUUGAUUCUGAUUUUGUGAUUGCUGACACCAGGCCUUGGCUAUCGAGACGUUGGAUAUUCUUUUCUUAGCGAAGCAGAAACAUAACGAGAGACGUUUUAUCCGACCGAAACCGACUUAAUUACUCUUCUUGUUCUUUCAGUAGGAACUCAGUCCGAGUGUGCCAUCUAUGCCUUUGCGAUUGAUGUAGCGAAAUCACCCUGCUCCUUUCAGAUAUCCAGCGACAGCACCGCCCGGUUUACUGGCGCAGUCUUCCACACGACUCAAGCGAGAAAAACUCGAUCAAAAUGUCCUUUCGCAACCUGACCCAGCAAAUAAACGCGCCCAACCAGCACCAGCAAGGGCCCGGGGCUGGAGGUGGCAACAGCACCCUGUUUUCCCCAAAAGGCCAGCACCAGCAACAGAAUUUCUCAUAUCAACACCAAAGAGGCACCACGCCGAACUUGGCUCCUUCGGGUGGACCUGUUAGUACCACGCCGGAUUUGUUAGGUUUGUCUUCCAAUAAUCAUGUUGGACAUCAUAGUUCGAACAAUAACUUCGGGGCCGCAACGACGACGCACAACUUCACGGCCGGUGGAUCUUCCUCCAGCACGGCUGCCCGGCCAUUUUCCACCAGCGGCGGACAACUACUCCAAGGAGCAUCUUCACAUAGUUGUGGAGCAGCGUCUUACCAUCUCCAAGCGCCGCCAACAGGCGGCGUUCUUCCAGGGGCGAGCGGCACAACACCGGGAGGCUCGUUUCCACAACAUCCGGUCAUCAAUGCCCAGCAGCACCACGCGAUGGCGCAGGUGGCUCACAGCAACAAUCUUCAUUCGUUUUCCGCUGGUACUGCACAAAGUACUACACAUCAGCAAUCCACUUCCUCCACCUCCAAUUACGAACGGAACAUCAAAUCUAUCAUCGAACGACUGCAAGAGGAAGCGCGGCUUGCGCGCGAGGAACUCUUGUCCACGUCGAUUACCUCGCAAAUGAUUGGAUACCAGGGCGAGUACAAGCCGAAGGAAGUGGCGUUUAAGGAUUUCCUGUUGAACAGCAAGGGCCUGAUCGAAGACGGCAGGUCGCUGUUUCGCGACUGGCAGGUGUCUCUCGCUGGGGAGCGGCUGGCGAGAAACAAGAAGCUGUCCGUCGAGAAACUGUAGCAUGUGCAAAAGUAUCGUUUACUCGUGCUGUGCUAGUAAUUCUUGCAUGGUAUGCAUGACAAAUCUGCUUUCCAACCUUAACCCGCAUGGCAAAUUCCAUUCUCCCUGCUAAAAGACUUUGUAUUGCAAUGUCUACGAAAUGCGAUGCUUUUGUGCUGCAUAAUCCCCAACUGGCGUUCGAGGAAGAAGUCCACAACAUGCAGAUUGUCCAGCGACAGGUCCAGAAUUCGCUCGACGAAUUCGAACAUCGCAUGCUGCAUUCGAAAAACGUCGCGAAAAGCACCGACGGCGGCGGCGGGAACAGCGCCGGCGGUACUACAGCCGGAACAACGGCCAACAGUACAACUUCCCUGGACCCUACUACGGGCCUCCAAGUGCGCAACCGCGGCGCGGCACAGAACGAACUUGGCAACCCGAACGACCGAACAGGUGGUGCGUUUUCCUACCUGCAGCAGGCGCAGCAGCUGGAGCAGCAGCAGCGGUAUCUGCAGGAGCAAGAGGACGCGAACAUGAACUCUCGGAUCGCGCAGGAGCGGCAGCAGGGCAUCCAGCGGAUCGUGGGGCAGGUGGGCGAGGUGCAGAAAAUCUUCAAGGACCUGGCCACCGUGGUGACGGACCAGGGAGAGCAGAUUUUGAACAUCGAACACUACCUCCAGGACACGAGUGACAACGUCUAUGCCGGUACCAGUGAAAUUGACCGGCUAAACCGGGAGAAGAAGAAGAAGGAAACGCGGAGAAACUGCUUGUUGCUGGUUUUGAGCGUGCUCGGAUUGGGAAUUCUACUCUACUGUAUGUGAGGCAACUUUAUUUUCCCCGGCGCCACUGCCAGCUUCUGUGCCUCGCGCAGCGAUUGGAGGUGUCGUGCGCUGGCGGUCGUGUCUUCCUCGCAUGGUAAAUAAGAAGUCGUAAAUGGACAAAUACUCGGAGUAGAAGCGGCCUCUUCGCACGGGUCAGGGCGUCGAGAACCACAGCAGUAAAAAUUUUAGUAGCAAGUAGAAAUGCUCACACUAGUUUUAACACACAAAAACAGCUCUCGUACAGUAGCGGCUGCACUAGACCGCCUGGAGCAGCAGGCUGUUGACAGAAUUCUGCUGUGGUUGCUGCCUGAUUAACUCGUGCUUUUCCUUGUCUUGAAGAACAAGUACAGGAUCGCCGACAAAUCCAAUUUUCCGUAGUUUUGCACCCGUUUAUACCCCGGGCCGGCUGCUGCCCCUCGGUGUACGGAGCGAGCGCAGCCAGUACUAGCGCAGGAACCACCACGACAAGCGGCGCUAGCGGACCACCGGCGGCGAAUUUUCCGCCCCCCUCCCGGACCUCCCUGGCGAACGUUGGAUCUGGUUCCUCUUUAUCCUGUGCAAAAGUAUCGUACUCGUACUAAUUGCAGUUAUGUAUGACAAAUGUCCUUUCCAAGGUAAAACAGCAUGACAAAUUCAAUUUUUCAUGCUGAAAAAAUUUGUAAUGCUAUUUGUACUAGUACGAUGCAAUGCUUUUGCAAUGCAUACUCUUCUUCCGUGGCACAGCAGCUCCCGGGAGGCGAGCUGCCGCCGGAGUCGGUGAGUCUGGGCGUGUAUCAAAUGCAAAUAUGUCUGGGUCUGGAAACUUGUGAUGCAAGUCAGCGAGCAAUAAGUGAACUGUAAUGCGCAGUCAAGCAUGACAGCUUCUGUACUGCGCAUUCCGCAUGAGAAACUGCGUUUUUGCAUGACAGGCGAGAGAGGCUGUUCGUGGCCGCGCAAUACAGAAUGCAGAGUCAUGCCAGACUAGCAUGACAAAUCGAAAUCUUGAAAUUUUCCAGACCCAGACAUAUUUGCAAUGCAUAGCGUGGUCACGAAAGAACGGGUAGUGACGCCGGGGAAUUAUGCGGCUGGGGAUGUUGAACAGCGGCAUGGCCCGUACGGCAAAAGCGGCAGGAAUUCUGGUGAUGGCCGGAGCACCGGUUCUGGUUCCCAUCACGCACACGGGGGUAGUGGUAGUACCAGUCGCGGCACCAGUCAUGAGCAGGAAGAGCUGCAGGAGAGGGCGGCGAUGCGUAUGGCAUGCACAGCUGGAACAAUCGCAACUGAAACGGUGUAAAGCUAAACCUAAACCAGGCGAAAUUUGUCUUGCAUAUGAAGGGAACAAGGGCGAAGUCUCUCCAGUAUUUGCAUCACAAAAAAUAGGUUUUCCAAGUGAGAUCGUUUCCAAUUGAGCAAGCCAUACCGCAGGACGCGAACCGGCGACAUCGCGAUCACUCGCAUGAGCACUGAAAAGUGCGGACGCAGGGCCGGCAAGAACGCUGCAGCAAUGCAGAUACAGCAACGAUUUCGUUUGAAGAUGAUACCCAAACGACCUGGCGACAAUGACAGAAAAAUGAUGAUAGGAACAAAAACGAAAACGAAAACACGAGAUGAGUGGCUGCUUUUCCAAGAAGAGUGGUUCUUCAUUUCCUUCAAAAAAUGCAAAACCCCAGAAGACAAUGCAGAUAGCGACAAUGAUGAUUUGUGUAGCGACUGCGCGUUCUGGAGCUCCUUGUUCCAUUUCCCCGACGGGGCGG